AUGGCUCAAUCUCACAAAGGUGCUGCUCCUUCGAAUGGUUGGACUGAUACUGCCACCACUUCCACUGAUACAAAUCGAUUCUCUGCUCUUGAUCAGCGCUCUCGGCCUUCUUCUGAUGAUGCUCGGAAUCCAUACUUCCUUACUCAUAGUGAUCAUUCUGGUGCGAAUUUGGUUCCCAAGAUUCUUAUUGGAGGUGAAAACUACAGUUCUUGGAAGCAUUCUAUGACUGUUGCUCUUCUUGCCCGAAACAAGUUGAAGUUUAUCAAUGGUAAGAUUCUUCAACCCGAACCUGAUGAUGAUGACUAUGAUGCCUGGAGUAGAUGCAAUAGUAUGGUUAUUUCUUGGAUAUUACAUGUUGUUUCAAUUGAUAUCGCAAAUAGCAUUAUGUAUCUCGAUGUUGUCUCUACUAUUUGGUAUGAGCUUCAUGAUUGUUUUCACCAAAACAACGGCCCUCGUGUUUUUGAGGUGAAACGCUCGAUGCAGGUUCUUACUCAAGGCAGAAACAAUGUUCAGAUGUAUUUUACUCACCUCAAAUGCCUUUGGGAUUCAGUUUGA